AUGCCCAAAGAACGCAACAUCAACCCCGUCGCAGCCCAACACAAAGCAGACAANAAACAAGCCCUCAAAAAAUCAAAAGCAACCGUCCAAGCCCAGCGAAACGAAAAGCUCGCCCGCCGCAACCCCGAACGUCUCCAACGCCAAAUCGACGACCUGAAAUCUCUAGCCACAACCCAGCAACUGCGCCCCAAAGACAAAGCCACCCUCGACCAAUUAGAUAAAGAUUUGCGCGCGGUGAAAAAGGCAAGGGAUGUGUUGGGAGAAAAGGCGCCAGAGUUUAAGUCGAGGAGAGAGGAUAGGGAAGGAGGUCAAGGGCAUGAAGGCAGAAAGAGAAGAAGACAGGGUGAGGAUGAAGACGAGACAGACGACGAUGUGAAAAAGAUUCCGAUGCCGAGGGAUACACCACCGCCCAUUCCACGCAGAACACAACCGCACCAGUUGCCGAACAAACCCGCUGCUGCUCCCGUGCCCGCGCAAACGACAUAUAGUUCUGCGCCUGUGUUGCGCAACCUCAAGGAAGAGUCGAAACGAUUCGUGCCUGCUGCAGUGGCGCAGAACAUUGCGAGACAAAAGGGACAGGGAGGCCGGUUGCUUGAGCCCGAAGAAGCGGACAAGCUUGAGAAGGCUGGGUACAGUGACGCACGCAAGAUUGCCGAUGAGAUGGAGAAAGAGGCCGAGUUUGACAUGAUGAGUAGAGGAGAGAGUGGAGGACAAGCAGCCGAAAAGGCGCUGAGGCACGUCGAGAUGGAGGAAGUCGAAGACGAGGGCAUUUGA